CCCCUCCACCUCUCCUAUUCACCUUGCUUCGUUCUCAAGUUACAAUGACAAUGGAGUUAGACAUCGCGGUUGAUUUCGAGGACUUUUUCCCGUCCAUGAUGUUGAGGUUGGGUGCGGAAGGGUUCAUUGGGGAACUUUGUAAUGGGUUCAGGCUCCUGAUGGAUGGGGAUAAGGGAUUAAUCACGUUCGAGAGCCUGAGGAGGAACAGCGUCCUCCUAGGGCUGCAUGACAUGGGGGAUGAUGAGAUCGUGUGUAUGUUGAGUGAAGGGGAUUUGGAUGGAGAUGGAGCGUUGAAUCAGGUGGAGUUUUGCAUUCUCAUGUUCAGGUUGAGUCCCGAGUUGAUGAUGAUGGAUGGAUCCGUUGGGUUGAAGAUGUAGUUCGUGUAAUUUAACUAAGAAAAUUAUAUAUUAGUUAGUAGGUUUUUUUUUUGUUGGCAAUAUGGAAAUUCAUAGCCUCUUUUUGAUUUGAGAGAAACGGAGGGAUGGCAUAGAGGAUGGGAGAGAAAUAGAAGGAUAUCAUUUUUCUAUCAUUUCUCUCAUCUCUUCUCACCUCCCCUUCAAUUUUUUUUUAACUUAAAUAGGGAAAUUUCUUUUUUCUCUCAUUUGCUCCUCUCAAAUCAAAUAGACAAAUAAAGUUUAGAAUAAAAGGUUGAGUAAGGU